CUGGAGGGCUGAACUUUCAUCCCCUGCAUUACUUAUUCACUCCAGAAAACUGUGGCAGUUCUGUUGUAUCCUGUUUGCAAGCCACUUUGCAAUCUUUUCUGGUGCUGUUAAUUCUUGGAUCCCAAGUCCCUGUAGCUUUCCUCUGAAAUGCCAAUGGUAUGCCUGUCGGACUUUGAAGAUUAUGCUAAGCAGUACCUACCCAAGACCACUUGGGAUUUUUUUGCAGCUGGAGCAGAUGAGUGUUGCACCCGAGAAGACAAUAUCUUGGCAUAUAAAAGAAUCCGUUUUCGGCCACGCAUGCUACGUGAUAUGUCUGUUAUAGACACAAAGACAACACUUCUAGGGACUGAAAUCAGCUUCCCUGUAGGGAUUGCUCCCACCGGCUUCCAUCAGCUGGCUUGGCCAGAUGGAGAGAAAAGCACAGCCAGAGCGGCUGCAGCCAUGAACACCUGCUAUAUAACCAGCACGUAUUCCACCUGCGCUGUGGAGGAGAUCGCUGCGGCUGCACCCAGGGGCUUCCGUUGGUUCCAGCUCUACAUCCACCGCAACAGGGCACUCACAGAACAGCUGGUACAACGGGUGGAGGCCCUGGGUUUCCAAGGCCUAGUGCUUACUGCUGAUCUGCCCUACACUGGCAAGAGACGAGCUGACAUCCACAACAACUUCCAGCUCCCUCCGCACAUGAAAGUGAAGAACUUUGAAGGAAACUUUGAAGAAAACAUAUGUACUGAGUAUGGACUGCCCCCUAACUUCAUAGAUCCUUCUAUAAACUGGAAUGACAUCUAUUGGCUGAAGAGCUUGACUCGCUUGCCCAUCAUUGUCAAAGGAAUUUUGACCAAAGAAGAUGCGGAUUUGGCUGUGAGACACGGAGUUCAGGGCAUUAUUGUGUCAAAUCACGGUGGAAGGCAACUAGAUGGAGGACCUGCCACUAUUGAUGCUUUGGUUGAAGUUGUGGACAUGGUGCAAGACAAAAUGGAAGUUUAUUUAGAUGGUGGAAUACGGACGGGAAGUGAUGUAUUAAAGGCACUAGCACUAGGAGCAAAAUGUGUCUUCAUUGGAAGGCCAGUCUUAUGGGGUCUGACCUACAAGGGUGAAGAAGGGCUACGAGAAGUUUUGCAGAUUUUGUAUGAUGAACUUCGUUUGUCAAUGGCCCUGGCUGGCUGUCACAAUGUCACAGAAAUUGGCCGACACCUUGUCCAGUUCUCCAAGCUGUAGAGAGCUUUCUGCAUUCCCCAGUGUGCAAACACAGAAGCAAUGCUUGUUGACUAUCAAGGGCUGGUACAUAUUCAGAGAGAAAAGGCAGGACAAAGGGAAUGCACACAUAUCAGAAGUCUGCUAAAGCAUAUAGACAAAUGUAGCAUCAAGAAAAAACUCUAACACUACGUGGUGGAGACAUGGAAGGCACCAUAUCAGCAAAGAUCACUCUAAACCUAUCAUGUGAAGCAAUUAACUUCUUCUGCACUGCAGCAAAUUGCUAUUUGCUUAUGUUCAUAUGUAUUUACCUGUGAAUAGUCAGAUCCCCAAGUGUUGCCUUUUAUUCCCCAGCUUCAUCCUGCUUGACUGCAAAUGCAGGGGGAGCACGUCUAGCCUCACCUCCUCAGUCUGUUCUGUUAUUUAGCAUCCUUUCAUUGGACACAACAGUCAAGACCUCACUUCUUCCCAAAAACCUGAUUUCUCCCAUGCACACUUACAGCUGUGCAACCAUCUCACUGUCCCCCUGAAAGUUAUUCUGGCUGUCCUUUCAGCUAUUGAUGACCCACUCCCUUACCAAAUAGAAACAAAAAAACAAGCAAUCAGCAUGGUACACACAUAACCAAACUCAGAACACCUGUCAUUCAAGCUCUUGCUCCUCUAUACCUUACUCUAUGCAGAAUCCUCUCAUUAGUGGUCAAGCUUGGACUGUAAGCUCUUCUGUGGUCAGGCCCUGCUUUGUGAAGUGCUAUGGCACUGUAUAAAUGGCUGCAGUCUCCUCAGUAAUGGGCCAGCAUAGGCAUAUGGUCAUCCUAGAGUGGCCUGAGCUCAGUUUAAUAAUAGGAGAACAUGCAUUUAUUGUUGGCAUAGUCUUCAGAGGCAGCUCCCAUUCCGCUGCCUGUACUAAUAGUUCCCAUCUCUCCUUGGAGCAAAGAUGAUAUGCUCAGAUUCCUUCUCAAGUUCCUGCUGCAGACAAGAGGGCUUCAUGCUGGGAUCAAGCCCCAGGGCUCCGAGCUGUGCCCUCACAGUCCUGUGCACAAGGGAUUGGACCACCCCCACCUGGUGCCACAUGCUGAGAUCAGGCUCCAGUACCCCAUACUACCCCUGCCCAGCCUUGCACCAUCCUGCAUGCCCAAUCUAGCAUGCAGGGCCAUGGGUCUAUAGGGAGCUCCACAGACCAGAUGAUGGUGCUGGAUGCCUUGGCUUGUGGGCCAGGAGUACACCACCACUGUUUUAGGCUGUAGGCAUGUUCAAUGACCAACAGACCACAUUGACUGGUACAAACUCCAGACCUAGCAAAAGCAUGAGUCAUGAAUAAUAUAUGCUUAAGCUAUAUGAUCAAUAAUGUUGCAUUUAAGUCACAAGCAGUUGCCUUGUAAAGUGGAAUAAGAAUCUGUUUAAUCAAAGCCACUAAUAUUAGAUUAAGCCAAGAAUGGGUAACUGCUUUGUGAAGCACUUAACAGCAGCUAAAAGAAACAACAGAUGUUUUGCCUUUUGAUAAUAGAAUUAGGUUGUAUGUAGUCUGCUGGAAUCCUGCUAAAAUAUUAAUGCAUUUUGUUAACCUGUUGUCAGCCAUGGCCAUUUACAAGUGACUUAUGCUAAGUUGCAGAAGUGUGGCUAAGAUAGGCCACAAAGCUUGUUUUAGAGUAAACCUGCACAGAUGUUACAACUAGCCUACUCAGAAAAGAAAGAGAAAUGGACUAUAGCAAGUAGCUUUCCCAGCUGGUAAGGAAAAGAAAAAAAAAUCCUCUCCCUCAGGAUUGUAAUUUUCACAAGAACACAGCCUCAGCUGAUUAUCAUCUUCCAAGUCCACAGAAAAGCUGGUUCAGUAAAGUUCCCAAAGCCUCAGCAAAACAAACAAAAGAACAACACCAAUCAGAAAAUAUUUAUUAAAAUAAAACACAAAAAUAUUGGGUGGAGAAAAGGAAGUAUUUUGGGAAGACCUCAUGUAGCAGGCUUGUGGGUCAGCCCCCAGAACAUGGUGAUCCCUGGGUCCCAUCUUUGAGCUUCUCUGCCCACACACAAUCAGAGAGCAGAGCAUAGUCAGUCUUUAUGCUCCCUUUGGGAGAUGCUUCCCCUUGAGGCCUGAGGUGCCUCAAAAGCACUUGUUGGGGCUUCAGCCAUCCUGGCAUUGGCAUAGGUUUCUCUGGCCAAGCCCACAACCCUGGUCCAUUGCCUCAGAUCUCAGCUCCUGGGCUUCAGCCCUAGUCCACCUCUCUCAGUAGUCAGGCCUUGGACUUCUUGGCCCUAGCUUGGCUCACUCCCCAUGUCCCUUGGCAGGGCUUGACACCCAGGGUGUCCCAGGCACCCUGUUAUGUGGAUUCCAAUCCACCCUUUUGCCACAACUUGGUCCUCUGAUUUUAACUCAAAUAUAGACGUUAGGGUGACAAUAUUUGGAUCUUGGGGAGCACUGGAUUAGCAGCUGAAUAAAGGCUUUAAUCUGUGGCUCAGCAGAGCUGCUGACCACAAGGCAGAAUGAUAUAUUAAAAGUAAUAUUGCAAGAUGCUUAGGCAAGCAGUUUCCUAACAAUGUGGUAGUGUGUAGGAUAUAUGGUGUAAGGAGAACAGGAUGCAGCCCACCAGCUAUCGUCAGGAGAUAAAGCAGAAGCAAGACCUUGAAGAUGAAGAAGGAGUCAGCAAGAAACAGCAAUUGACCACAAAAAAAAAAAAAAGCCAGGUUCACGGUCUUACACAUGCCCUCAUAGCAAAAAGGCAUGUAAAUGAAUGAAAUGCACAGGCAAUUCUAUGCUAAUGAAACAAAUAGUAAACAGAGGCAGAGCUUGAGAUAAAAGGGAAUAUGGGAGGGACAGAGGUGGAGUAAGUGUUAAUGAGCAUGAACCAAGGAGUAUAAACGUGGGGAAAAAAAAAUAAUGUUCACUGCAGGUCCCCAGUUUGUUGGAUCUUUGCCCGAAGUCGUCUCCAUUCUGAAUGAAGCUGUUGCAAGCAAUGUGUGCUGGUGUUUGCUCCGUUUGCUCCCUGAGCAACUGGAUAGUUGUCUCCCUAGUUGUUGGGCACCACAUGGAGUCGGGUUCUAACAGUAGAACCCUAUUGGUCUCUAUUCCUUAAGCCCUCCUGCCUCGGUAGACUUGUCUCUACACCCCCAGCUCACCACAUACCAUACCUGGGCCAGGCUGGCUCCAAAAUGCCAUCAGUCCCACUUAGAGCUCCUUGUCAUGUGACAGCCAGAGUCAGACUGCCCUUUCUGUGCUCAGAGCCUGGGCUUUUAUGCCCCAAGUCUGGUUCCCUUCUAGUCAUGUGCCCCAGUUCUCUGUUCCCAGGGCCCAGGUACUGCUAAUCCUGUCAGCAGCAGCUUGGCCUCCUGCAACCAAUGGCUCAAUUCAUGCAGGCAGCUCACACCUGCCUCUCCUUGCCAUCAGGCUUUCUGCAACCUGCCCUGGCUUUUAGUAACAGGGGUAGGUGAUGCUGAUGUUACAUGUCAGCAAAAUCAAAACACCCUGCUGUCAGCUUGCAUGCCACCUUUCUCCUCUCUUUUGUCUCCCCCCACAACCAGGACAAAUUAGAAUCUUUAUUGUGCUGUUGCAGGUAGCUAGAUAGGCAUAAAGACAAAUGCUUGUUCUUAUGAUUUGGAGUGUAAUCAAUAAAAGUUUGGGUUAUAGACUUAUCUCUUGUCUCUUUAUCUGGCUUGGUUGUUAGUAAUACCUUACCUGCUAAGAGGGAAUAGAGGAUCAUUGGGAAGUAAAAUUGUAUCUUGAUAUUUUUUUUUGUUUAAAGGGUAAUCAUUAAGGGAACUGUAACUGUCUGUGAAUUCUGUGUCUAAACUUGCAAAGAGCUCUUGAUCAUAGACAGGCCAUGGUUUGGUCUCUUGAAACAAUGUGGACCCAAU